CUCUAAAUAUAAAAAUACUACAUAUUAAUAAACUUCUUUCGCUAAAAAUCUCGCAGCUCUCUAACUUCCAUUCAAACACUCAGACAUUGACAAUUGUCCUAAUCAAACUCCAUUCACAAUCAAUAACUCAAUGAUGCCAUAACAACAUGGAAAAUAUAACUAAAAGAAUAGCGCAAGAAAUAUCGCUGCCAAUCAUACAUUCGUCAAGAUAAUAAAUAAAAUCAUAAUGGAAAUCCGUCUUCUUUAAUCAAAUUAUGGCACAUCGGAGUAACUUAGGUUACCACGGUAUUAUCGAUAUAGGGAUAGUGAAAUUAGGCGCCUGCAGGUGUCAGCGAGAAAGCAAAUGGCGAGCAAGAGCACUGUCAAUCGACGUUGAGUCAACCAAGAAAUUCAAUCGGCACAUUCAAGAAUUUAUAUCAGCCGAUCUUUUGAUCGGACGGUUUGUCACACAGGCUGACGAACUAUCGAUCGUAUCUCGUAUUUAUACCGGCAAACGUGGCAACGGUUUCGUGCGGGUUCCCCGUGGAAAUCGAUAAGCUUGCGAGGGUCAAGCGUUGUACUUGCGCGCAGGUUUGCCUGGAAGUGUGUUAUUUCUUUCGUAGAGGAUCCUACGCGUCAAGAUGUCCACGUCGAUGACAGACAAGCUUCUGGAUGACAUGAACAGCAUACCGUUGGCAGACGAUGAUCCGCAAGUGAUAAUUCCUGAAGAGGAGAUCGUAGACAACAGCUGCCACAUAUCUGACGCACUUGGCAGUGGACACAGCAUGGAUUCUAUACCAUCGACGUUCACAAAUGGAAGUUGCAGCCCCAACAACUUGUCCCAGAGAGUAGACAGCGUGAAGGAGGAAAACCUGAAGCUGAGAAGCGAGAAUCAAGUGCUGAGCCAGUACAUCGAGAACUUAAUGUCGGCGUCCAGUGUUUUUCAGUCUACGAGCCCCAACACCAAGAAAAAUUACCAUGCGGCUCGUUCGUGGCACUUAGGCCUCGAACACGUCCAGAGGCCGACACGCCGAGAUGGUAUCCGGUCCGACAGAACAAUUUGAUUACCAAACAAUUGUACACGGGAUUUUGCGCCGGUUUCCUAGGAUCCCAUAUUACGUAAGGCGGCCGUUUAACCGAUUCCGACGUGAUGUAAUGCGGAGUUCUGCAAAGAGAGAAUUCAAUGUUUAGAAUCUUCGAACACGCACCUGCCGUCUAUAAACGUAAAUACCAAGUCUACAAAUAUACACUUAAUUUUAAACGUCAAUCUUAGUAGGAGAGAAGGAUCUUCGAGACCAUUGUACAGGAAUUUCUUUCACACUUCUGUCGUGGAAUAAAAGACACUUGUAUGUUUCAAAUAUCACAGAACUAAACACUCUGAGAACUUCCUUGAUGCAACAAUUCAAUCGCAAUUUCUCUUUAAGUAAAUCUACGUUAUUCCAUAUUUUUUUUAAUAUCGUAGUUGCGGGAAAGAAUUGCAAGGAUUUCUUCUCAAUAUUUUUCGUCCUAUCGAAAUCCUAGAAAAUUUGAAGAAAUUUAAAGAAAUCGGAAUAUUUAUAAUACCGUGAUAUAAAUUAUCCUUUUGUAUCGUGGAAUUCUGUUGUAGCACAAAAGGUUGUCUACGUACUUUAAUUUACACGCUGUCCUAAUUUUUACUGUUCAAUUCUUCACGGAUUAAUACAUCUAUUAAGUUUAACAGUUUCUUACUUUUUCAAUGAGAAUAAUAUUCAAAUAUAUAACAACAAUAUUGUGAUAAGUAAUUUAGCGAUGAAAUAUCGGUUGCUACAGUGAAAAUGAAAAACAGAAUAUGGUAAGUAAUACUAAAGGGAUCUAAUGUAAAGCAGCAGCUCGGCACACGCUAUAUUUACAACGUGUCUGUACGUUUGGAAAAAUGGGCCGAUCGACUUUUCAGGUCAGCAGGCUUCGUGAAUGAAGCGUGCUUUGUUACACCGCGCAUGUUUUCCAACCCUGUUAAUUUUAAACAGAUGCUCGAGGGGAAGGAACGCCAUACCGAUAGCCUUUAUUCGACAUAAGCAAAGCAUCAACCGAAGAUAAUCAAGCUAAUGGUACCAAUAAUGAGUAUACAGGACGGAUCACGCGAUUGGUCGAGUUUCGUUACAAAAUAGAAGAAAAGUUACCGCUCAAGACUUAUUUUUCUGCAGCUUCACUUUUCUCGUAAGUAUACACACUUACAUAGAAAUGCAAAAAUAUCGCGUGUAUUCUUUUUAUUCGUAGAUCUAGUACUUUGAAUAUUCUGUUUGGUAGAAUCUUAGAAGUAUAGCUUUAAUAGAUAACUGUGUUAAAAUUUAUCAUGUACAUUAAUACAAUUAUAUAUUUAUCAAGUAAUAAUUUUACGUAAUCCCUCUUAUCAUUCUCGAUAAAUAAUUACACUCAAUUUACA